CGGCGUGCUGCUGGCCCUUUAAGGCGGAUAAAGGGAACAGCUCCCGCUGCGCGUCGAUGCCGCGCGUUAAAACACCUCAUUAUUAAUUCCCCCACUCCACAGCAGCCGCUCGGAUCAUUUACCCCGCAUCGUGAUUUCUAGAGGUUAAUUUCUACAAAGUGUACUUGGACGGUUUCCUUUGCAGAGGAGAAGAAAUGCGACACCGAAUCCAGGCGGUUGGCUCUGUGGUGCGUAAUUGAUUCGGACAUCCUGCACCUAGGCCUGGCCGUCCUCCCCCUCCUGCCCCUUCCCUCGACUCGACUGAAACUGGCAAGCAUAAAUGAACGGCAAUGGAAGACAAGCGUAAGAAGCGCAGCCCAAAGGUGUCUCUCCCUCAGCCUCCUCCGCCACCCAUCAACCCCCGCAAGCUCUCUGUCCUGCCUGCCAGCAAAAGCGCCACCUUCUCCCUUGGCCUGCCGCAGCCCCCCUCCCCCAAGAACAGGAGCAAGUAUAAGAGAUCGAUAGGAACACCGGGACAGCCGAAAGAGGCUUUCACACCUGUUGUGGCUCCGCCAAAGACAACAAGAGUGCACAGGGAGAAGCCCAGGGCUCCACAGCCGGCUGGGCCCAGUAAAGUGGUCCAAUCAUCCCCCCUGCAGCACUCCUUUCUAACAGACGUCUCAGAUGUGAGAGAGAUGGAAGGAGGCCUCCUCAACCUCCUCAAUGACUUCCACUCAGGCAAAUUACAGGCGUUCGGAAAGGUGUGCUCCUUUGAGCAGCUGGAACAUGUGCGUGAGAUGCAGGAGAAGCUGGCGCGACUCCACUUCAGCCUUGACAGCCACGUGGAGGAGCUUUCAGAGGAUCAGAGGAAGGGCGCAUCUGAUCACAACCUGGAGCACCUGCUGUGCAACCUGGAGGAGCUCAGCACCUCAAUACAAAAGCUCCACUUGGCCGAGAAUCAGGAUCUGCCCAAGACAUCUGGUCCCUGACAAGAAGGAGGUGCUCAAAAUGUUGAGAAAGCGCACAUCUUCUGUGAACAUGAAAAAAAAAUAUAUAUAUAAAGACCUAGUUACCAUGGCAUUAAACCUGCUGCCUUAGAAACAGGAUUUGGAAGGUCUAAAGGAGAAGGAGGGAGGGGUAAUUUCUUCAACCCAAACAACGGAGCUGAGAGGAUAUCCCUAUGAUUUAAUGCAGCCAAGCAUUAAAAUAAAACGUAACGGAAAUAAUUGUUAUGAGCGACUCCUUCAUAGCAAACACUCAAAAAAAAGACCGGAAACUAGUCUGUACCGGAAUGUGAGAAAACUUGUUUAGAAUUUUAAUGUUUUUUUGCAGAUAGGUUUAAUUUUAGCUCCUUUGUCCAGAUUGGUUCAAACUUUUGUGAAAAAUGAAGCACAUUCCAUAAGAGUAGCAUUCAUGCCAACACUUCUGUACCAUUCAGUGUGAUUUGGCUCUUUACAGGAAUCUAUUUCUAUGUUUAAAUGCAAAACAUUUGAUAAAGAGCAGCAGGGUUUUUACUCCAGAGGUUUUAAGGGAGUUGAGCUAUUGGCAUCAAUUCCUUCCUCAAUUUGAUCUUUUCUAAAGGUUUACUGCAAAGAAUAUAAGUUGCACUUCAAUUUGAACUCACUGUUUUAGAUCUGCAGCACAAACAUGUUGGUUUUUAUCUAUAUUGAUAAUGUAAUCUAAAUGUGUUUUGCCAUAAGUUGAGGUAUUUAAUUUAUGAGUCAGACUUGGUUGUAGCUUCUUUCCUUGCUAAAGAUAAUUUAUUUCACACUGCAAACUUGUUGAUCCAGUUGCUGUGAAAAGCUGCAGCAGGCAGAUAUCUCUGUACAGUGCUUUAUGAAAGUGGCAGCUAACCUCAUAGUCUGAAUUGUAUUGAACACUACAUGUGCAUGUCUGUAAGUUGGGGGGAAAAAAGUUUAUUUUGAACUAUUGUUUAAUUAGAAAAGUUAAUCAUUAUCCAUCCUCAAUUUUAUUUUGAAAAGUAAUACUAAUACACCAAUAAAAAACCUUUUUAAUCCACAA